GGCAUCGAUUGUCUUGCAUCUCCCCCCUAGCAGUAUAUGUAGUUGUAAGCUUAAAGUUAUAAACGGAAAUUGUAGAUACAGGCGAUUAUAAACAAUAACGAAAUAAUUCAAAUAACAUGGAAUACGAGAGUGUGCUGAUUGUCAAGCCUGAGGUAUUCAUUUACAAAAUACCGCCGCGCGCCAGCAACCGAGGAUAUAGAGCAGCGGACUGGAACCUCAAAGAGCCCACAUGGACCGGACGAAUGCGUCUGGUUGCCAAGGGCACCGCAUGCAUACUCAAAUUGGAGGAUAAGACGAGCGGCGCCCUAUUUGCCAAUUGCCCCAUCGAUACAUAUCCCGGCGUGGCCAUCGAAGCAGUCUCGGACAGUUCACGCUAUUUCGUUAUACGCGUUCAGGACGAUAAUGGACGAUCGGCGUUUUUGGGACUGGGAUUUGGUGAUCGUUCCGAUUCUUUUGAUUUGAAUGUGGCGUUACAGGAUCACUUCAAGUGGGUGAAAAAUCAGGAGCAAAUCGAAAAGGAGAAAACCGAACCCAAACAAGAGCUUGAUCUCGGUUUCAAGGAGGGUGAAACCAUCAAAAUUAACAUGCGCAUUACGAAAAAGGAUGGCUCGGAGGGCACCUCGCGCACCGGCAAGGGCAAGGGAACUGGUGGUGUGUUGCCACCGCCGCCAGGUGGCCUCGGCAAAAUAGCGCCACCGCCGGCAGCGGCGCCUGCAGCGACGUUGCGACAAAGUCCAGGCGCAUCGCCAGCUCAUAGGACCAGCGGUGGUGGUGGUGGUGAAUGGACCGACUACGCAUCCGCGGGCGGCAAUCAAGGACAACAGAAUUCGGCAAAUGCUAAUUGGGUGCAGUUUUAAAGCUGACACCUUGCGCAACGUCACGCACUUUAUUGUGUUAAGGCUCUUAAUGUGUUUUUUUUUCUCUUUUUCAACACUAAACACACACAAUACACAAACAACUUUCACUCGCUAUCCAAGAACUCCGAGAAUGACCAACACACAUACAUGCUCACACUAAUACAUAGAAAUGAACAUGAAAAAAAAAACAAAGUCCGUUAACGUUAAAGUUGAUAAAUUGAAAUUACAUUUUUUCUUUAGCAUAUUUAUAUGGUAUGCACUUAUUAUAUUAUACAUAUACAUAUGUAUGUACUACUGUGGGCAAAAAGUAUCAGGACUGUGACUAACUUUCAAUUUUUUUCUUA